GGGCGCGGCGCGGCGUUCGCGGCUGCUGCCUGGGAGGGAGGCCGGGCAGGCGGCGGAGCGGCGCGGCUCUGUACCUGACGGGGAAGUGGCCCGGGCGGCUGUGACUGACUGCCCCGGGUCAGACGGACGGUCGGAUCACAGAGGCGGGGGGUAGGAACCGAGCCGGGCGAUUUCGAGAGCGAGCGCGUCAGGCUCAGCGUCGGCCACUCUGUCGGUCCGCUGAAUGAAGUGCCCGCCCCGCUGAGCCCGGAGCCCGGCGCUUUCCCCGCAAGAUGGACGGUUUCGCCGGCAGCCUCGAUUCUCUUCCCAGCCCCAUGAACCUUCUCAGGUGGGGAUUCUGUUCUUCUAAAGCAUCCCCAAUACUCUGCAUGUCACUAAGAUGAUAGUAUUUCUGCUGCAAGUACAUCUGAUGUUCAGGAUCGCCUCUCAGCUCUUGAGUUACGAGUUCAGCAACAAGAAGAUGAAAUCACUGUGCUAAAGGCAGCUUUGGCUGAUGUAUUGAGGCGUCUUGCAAUCUCUGAAGAUCAUGUAGCUUCAGUGAAAAAAUCAGUUCCAAGUAAAGGCCCUCCAGGCCUUCGAGAAGCUAUUUCUAUGUCCUGUAUAACCAACGGGAGUGGUGCAAACAGAAAGCCAAGCCACACCAGCUCUGUUGCAAUUGCAAGAAAAGAAACUCUUUCAUCUGCUGCUAAAAGUGGUACAGAAAAAAAGAAAGAAAAACCACAAGGACAGAGAGAAAAAAAAGAGGAAUCUCAUUCUAAUGAUCAAAGUCCACAAAUUCGAGCAUCACCUUCUCCCCAGCCCUCUUCACAGCCUCUCCAAAUACACAGACAAACUCAAGAAAGCAAGAAUUCUGCUCCCACCAAAAGCAUAAAACGACCACCGACAGCUGAAAAGUCACAUAAUUCAUGGGAAAAUUCAGAUGAGAGUCGUAAUAAAUUAUUGAGAGCAGUUUCAACGUCAAAAUUAAUAUCAAAAGUUAUAAAAAAUACAGACAAGCAUAAAGAUGUCAUCAUCAACCAAGCAAAAAUGUCAACCCGUGAAAAAAACAACCAAGAAGGAGAAUAUGUUAAAAUGUUUAUGCGAGGUCGGCCAAUUACAAUGUUCAUUCCUUCUGAUGUUGAAAACUAUGAUGACAUCAGAACAGAACUGCCUCCUGAGAAGCUGAAACUGGAGUGGGUAUACGGUUAUCGAGGAAAGGACUGUCGUGCUAAUGUUUACCUUCUUCCUACCGGAGAAAUAGUGUAUUUCAUAGCAUCAGUAGUAGUACUGUUUAAUUAUGAGGAGAGAACUCAGCGACACUACCUGGGUCACACAGACUGUGUGAAAUGCCUUGCUGUACAUCCUGACAAAAUUAGGAUCGCAACUGGACAGAUAGCUGGAGUGGAUAAAGAUGGAAGGCCUCUGCAACCCCAUGUCAGAGUGUGGGAUUCAGUUAGUUUAUCCACACUGCAAAUUAUUGGACUUGGGACCUUUGAGCGGGGAGUAGGAUGCCUGGAUUUUUCAAAAGCAGAUUCAGGUGUUCAUUUAUGUGUUAUCGAUGACUCCAAUGAGCAUAUGCUUACUGUAUGGGAUUGGCAGAAAAAAUCAAAAGGAGCAGAAAUAAAGACAACAAAUGAAGUUGUUUUGGCUGUGGAGUUCCAUCCAACAGAUGCAAAUACCAUAAUAACCUGUGGUAAAUCUCAUAUCUUUUUCUGGACCUGGAGUGGCAAUUCACUAACAAGAAAACAGGGAAUUUUUGGGAAAUAUGAAAAGCCAAAAUUUGUGCAGUGUUUAGCAUUCUUGGGGAAUGGAGAUGUUCUUACUGGAGACUCUGGUGGAGUCAUACUUAUAUGGAGCAAAACUACUGUAGAACCCACCCCCGGGAAAGGGCCUAAAGGUGUUUAUCAGAUCAGCAAGCAAAUCAAAGCUCAUGAUGGCAGUGUAUUUACACUUUGUCAAAUGAGAAAUGGGAUGUUAUUAACUGGAGGUGGGAAAGACAGAAAAAUAAUUCUGUGGGAUCAUGAUCUGAAUCCUGAAAGAGAAAUAGAGGUUCCUGAUCAUUAUGGAACAAUCAGAGCUGUAGCAGAAGGAAAGGCAGAUCAAUUUUUGGUAGGCACAUCACGAAAUUUCAUUUUGCGGGGAACAUUUAAUGAUGGCUUCCAAAUAGAAGUACAGGGUCAUACAGAUGAGCUUUGGGGUCUUGCCACACAUCCCUUCAAAGAUUUGCUCUUGACAUGUGCUCAGGACAGACAGGUGUGCAUGUGGAACUCAGUGGAACACAGGCUAGAAUGGACCAGGCUCGUAGAUGAACCAGGACACUGUGCAGAUUUUCAUCCAAGUGGCACAGUGGUGGCCAUAGGAACGCACUCAGGCAGGUGGUUUGUUCUGGAUGCAGAAACCAGAGAUCUAGUUUCUAUCCACACAGAUGGGAAUGAACAGCUCUCCGUGGUGCGCUACUCAGUAGAUGGCACCCUCCUGGCUGUAGGAUCUCAUGACAACUUUAUUUACCUCUAUGUAGUCUCAGAAAAUGGAAGAAAAUAUAGCAGACAUGGAAAGUGCACUGGACAUUCCAGCUAUAUCACACACCUUGACUGGUCCCCAGAUAACAAGUAUAUUAUGUCCAACUCAGGAGACUAUGAGAUACUGUACUGGGACAUUACACAUGGCUGCAAACUAAUCAGGAAUCGAUCUGAUUGUAAGGACACGGAUUGGACAACCUAUACCUGCGUACUAGGCUUUCAAGUCUUUGGUGUCUGGCCAGAAGGAUCCGAUGGGACCGAUAUCAAUGCACUGGUGCGAUCCCACAACAGGAAGGUGAUCGCUGUUGCUGAUGACUUCUGCAAAGUUCAUCUGUUCCAGUAUCCCUGCUCCAAAGCAAAGGCUCCCAGUCACAAGUACAGUGCCCACAGCAGCCAUGUCACCAAUGUCAGUUUUACUCAUAAUGACAGUCACCUGAUUUCAACUGGUGGAAAAGACAUGAGCAUCAUUCAGUGGAAACUUGUAGAAAAGUUAUCUUUGCCUCAAAAUGAGAUUAUAGCCAAUGGUACUCCAACCAAAGCCCCCAUGUCUUCCAUUGAAAGUGUCCCACAGUCUGAUACUCCCACACCACCUCCUUCCCAGCCCUUCAUUGAGACGGCUGAAGAAGAAAGUAGAAUAAGCAAUUCUCCCACACUUCUGGAGAACAGCCUGGAACAGACUGUGGCGCCCAGUGAGGACCACGUCGAGGAGCAGAGUGAAGGGGGCAGUGAAGACCUCAGUGAGCCCAUGUAUGAGGAGCCGUCCCCGGAGGGCGGCAAGGAGCGGAGUGAGGCCACUCUUCCCGAGCACCAGCAAGACCCCUCAGGCCUGUCUUAACCGCAGGGCUUCAGUGCGACUCUCUCUGCUCCUGCAGCUGCGUGUGAUCUCGGGACAGUUCAGGUAACAGGCCGGGAGUGAGGCUCAUCACUCUCGCAGCUCUGCGUUUCCACAGGAUCUGUUUUCAGUAGUCUUACCUGCCGUCUCUCAAGAGCCGCCGGCGGCCCCGCUGAAGGCUGGCUUUGCUGUGUGUUGAGAAUGAACCAAACUUAACAGCAGGAAAGACUGAAACAUUGUCUCAGAAAUUACCCGCAUACAUAAGUGGUAUGAUGUAAAUACUGGAAACAAAGACAGCGGUUGUAUGGAUUUAAAAUAAACCCCUUGUUAUCUGAACAAGUUUUCUUCAGGAACAACCAGAGGCAUCACAAACACUGUUACUCAUCUGCUGGCUCAGACUGUGCUACUUUGUUUUUCCCCAGAUGCAGAAAUAAUCAGAAGAAAAAAAAAAAAUGCUCUCUUACUGAGAUAUUCUCCCACCCCAAAUGUCUAGUGGAAGUUUUUUACAAAAACUCCAGUAUUGCCCCGAGUAGUGGGGUUGCCUUGAGUCCCUGCGCCGUAUCCUUCCACGAGCACUAGCUGUCCAGAUGCGCCUGCCUCAUCUGCCGCCUGGUGCUGCCCUUUUCUGAGUCGUUGCAAGGAACAGUCCCUUCCUUUCUUGUGUGCAAAUCUUAUCUUAGAACUAAGAAAGCAGUGGUUUGUUAAAGAGCUUUUAAUGUAUAUUAAACCAUUAAUACUCAGAAAUAAUGGAUUCCUCCAAGGAUUCCUUUACUGGCCAAAACAUUUUUCAAUGUUUGGCAUUCAAGUGAAUGGAAGAAGAAAAACCGCAUGCCUAUAAAACUCAACUGUAAGAAUUACUUGGCUAAUUUUAGCUUAGCCUUCCUCAUAAUUUGUUCCUUUGAUAAUAGGAGAAAUAUAAAUACAAUAAGUUUGAAUUGGUGCUUGAAAUUCAUCAGUUUAGUUUGUAGUUUUUAUACAGAUUAUAUUGAGGGGGUAAGACUGAAAAUUACAAAUUCUUUUCUAUGGAAGUAUGAAUAACAGUCACAGUAAUUUUUUAUAAAUUGCAUACUUAACAGACUUGCUAUAUAUGGUAAUUUUUCUCUGGUAGAGUUGCUGUAAGCCUUGCAGUUCUGAUGUGGCUUCCUCUGCUAUUUUGGGCAAUGCAUGUCUUGUGCAUUGGAUAGUUUUGUUUUGUUUCUUGUCAAAAGACUGUUUUUUCUUAAGUACAUGUUUUCUACUAUAAUUACCAACAAAUAUGCAUUUCCUAUAUAUUUGUUUAUACAUUGAUUAUAAAAAAAACUUUGGAUUUAUUUUUUAACUUGCUGAAUUUUUGUUGUUGUUGUUGUUAGAUCAUGUUUAGAAACUUUGAAUGAGUUCAGAAGUCUUAAGUAUGCAAGUGUUUACGUGAUUGUGCCAUUCCAAAGUGCAUCAGAACUGUCAUUCCCUUCUAGUACCUUCUCAGGAGUAAUGCAAAUCAGGUAUUUCAUCAUCAUUUGGUAAUUAAUAUACAAACUCCAGUGAACUCCCAAGGACACUCACAUUUAUAUUCACAUGCUGUAUGUAAGGGUGCGGGCAUGUGUGAAGGGGUGAGUGUAGACACUCUGUGUGUAUCUCUAUAGGAAGAUAUACGCCACAUUGAAAAUACUCAGUGUAUAUCUCUAUGUGUAUAGGUAUAUGUCCAUGUAUAUCUCUUUCCUUUUGUUUACAGUUUUUCAAGGAAAAAAAACCUCAAAGUAGUUCUCUUCAGAAGGAGAGAGAGAGAUUCCAAGCAAUCCAUCUUUUUUCAGUAUGUUCUAUACAUAAUUUUCAGAGAGCAUCAAUAAUAUCAGGCCAGCACGUGUUACUCCCUGCGAGAAGAAUACUGAGAAGAACAAGCAGUCCUAGAAGAAGCAGCAUUUCUUUAAGCACCUGGGCAAUACAGCUCUCCGUAACCAGCAGGGAGUUUAUUGAGGGACACCGGUCACCUCUGGGGUUGCUGUGUACAAUGAGAUUUAUACUCGGGAUACUCUUGGGUGGAAGUUUCACAAGACACUACUAACUGCGCAGAAAGCGUCCCAGCUCUCCAUUGCUGGCAACUACUGUUUAAUGGUCAAUUAAAUCUGUGAUAAUGGUUGCAAGUGGGUGGGAUUAUGAAAUUGUAGAUGUUUUUAGGAAAACUUGUGAAUGAAAAUGAAUCCAAGUGUUUCAUGUGAAGAUGUUGAGCCAUUUCUAUCAUGCAUUCCUGUCUCAUGGCAGAAAAUUUUGAAGAUUAUAAAAUAAAAUGAUCAAAAUGUU